GUCAAAAACCUACCAUGCAGUACAAGCUCUUGUGGACGACAUCACCAUUUUCACCCCUUUCUUUCGUACUUUUUUGUUAGGUAUCCCCUGUUGGUCUCCUCUUGCGACACGAUCGUCUACUCUUGCUGAACGAUGGUGUUUUGGAGCUUCUUGGUGGGUUUCAACAAUAGAAGUAUUCAUACCGUACCACCAUGAAUAGUAUCGCUUUUUGUGACCACGCGACAGCACGUUAGGUCAGUGAUCGCAGUAAAACCGUAUGGUGUUGUACGUUUAUUCGUACAUACGAAGCGGUCAAAAUUGCAGCAUGCACUUUUCGGGACAAGCAAGAAUCAAAUCGGAAUACACAGAAGAUUGUUCGUUGUUGCUCUCGUGGCGCCAAGAGGUUGAAUCAAUUGAUAAUGUUACUUAACUAAAUUGUUCGUUUAUUUAGCAAUUGCCAUAACAAAAAGAAAUACUAGAAUUGACAACCUCUUGUUAUUUCAUGAGUACCUUAAACAAAUCAUAAUCCAAUAAACUGAAUUUUUAAUUGCAAUAAAGAAGAACCUCUUGUGUCUCUGUUUGAUACUGUGAAGAUGUUUACAGUAAGUCUUUUAAAAAUGAGACGCUCCACGUAAUGAUCUAUUUACUGACCUGCGGUUACCUUCGUACCGUAUCAUGUACGAGUGCUGGGGUGCGAAAAAUUAUUAUUACUGUAUGUUCGGUUUGAAGUACGUGCGAUACCGGCACGAGUACAGAUUCGUGCUUUUACUCGCGUUUCUCUUUCAAACGUGGAUGAUUUAAUUCCAAAAACUAACUCACCUUUUGCAAUUGCAACCCCGCCCCGUCCCCCCAAAGAAAGAAUAGAAGUGAAAAUGGGGGCUUGGGCCGUGAAAAGGGAUCAAGAGGCCCAGGAGCAGAUUUCAAUAACGGGUCACAUACAGACAUCAUAUCCACCACGCUCGAAAUGCUAUGAAUGAGGCAUACUAAUACUUAACGUAUCGUACCUCCAUAAAGUACCAUAGCAGGGGUUCGUACAGUCAGGACCCCUGCGUAAGUACAGUUUGGUACUAAUGUAUCGGACAACGGACCACAGCCAUGCGGCUCAUAACAAGACCGUGGUGGUGGUCCCUUGGAUUUCUACUACGUACGGCACCGUACCCUACGCUACGGCACUGCAUCAGAAGUACGAGGUACAAGUAGUGGAAUCAUCACCCGGUUUGUUGAAAUCGGCACUGACUGACCACAUCAACCUUUUUGUUCUUUCAAUCCAUCUAGGUGUAAGAAGAACGGCAGAAAAGCAUAUCAAUAGUGAUUGCUAAAAGGUUCUGCUAAAAGGUUCUGCUUCAGGGGAUCCGAGUUUCCUAUGAGCCAAGUCCGAAGCAAGGGGGUGAAGGGACAAAAACAGAUUCGAGUGGCAAACAUUAUUGAUUAUCGAAAAGCAACAGCACAUCGCAGCAAAGUUGUAGCUUAAUGGCAGAAGGAACAACUACGACGUCGGCAUCGGCGUCGUCAUCACGUCGGAAAACACGGCGGAAACGUAAUGGUGGAAAAAAGAACGAAACGUCGGCUCAGCAAAAAGGAGGAAAGGGUGGGUCUGCCAAAAGCGGAAACAAAAAGUCUGGUUCCGGUGGCAGCAAUAAUAAUAACAACAGCCCCCCUCCACCCCCUCAAAUCAAGAUCACGAUUCGCAACAUUCAGAAUUCCGAUAAAUUUGGCUCCGUCAAGUUGGUCUUGGAAGAAUUGGUCUCGAAAUUGAUUGAUUCUUGCGUUGAAAAGAAAGCCAACAACCAAUAUACCAUUGAAUUGGACCGCACCGCAGUCCGUCAUUUGAUUACAGAGGAAGAAAAGAUCGAAGAAUAUCGCAUGGAAUUUCUGAGAGGUCAAGAGAAUCAAAGACCUGAGACUGUAGAAGGAGGAGAUUGUGAUCCUGACGAGGAUGACGAAAAAGAGAAGACUGAAGAAAACAAGGAAGAAACACACAACGAUGAGGGAGCAAAUGGUUCUACCGUUGUGGAUGGGAAAGAAGGGGUAUCGGAAAAAAGAAACUGUGAUAAAUUAGACGUAAUCCUUGCCCCUAAGAUGGUCAGCAGUCUACCCACAAUCCUUGCUCGUCCACUUUAUGUUGUACCUCCGAGGAAGACGCGUCGCCGGGGUGAACGUGGGGGGACCGCCUGUGUUCUACUCAUCGGACCAAAGAUUGAACAAAAGAAAGUAGUCACCGCUAUGAAGGGAAAUGUUAAAGAAAACAGGCAGUCAGAUUCACCGUCGGAGCCUCAAUCCGAAGAUCAGAAGAAGCAAUCUGAUGCGGCAACUGUGAUGGAUGAUGAAAGCGGUUCUAUCGCAGCAGAUCAACAAGCAGCUGAAUGCGGAGGAGAUGCAACUACCGCCACUAAAGCUUUAACUGCCGCUCCCGAGACCCCAAUCAGUUAUCCGCGUGAACUCGCAAAGGGCCGGCUUUUGCUCUCAAAUGCCAUUAAGGCCUUGAUCGAAUUGGCAGCGGUCGAUUCGAAGACACAAGAAUUUGCCUUUUCCGGUUGUAUCGUAGAACAGAGUAUGAACGGUAAAACUUGGAAGAUGUUUCACAACAACAAUAGCCGCCCCGAUCGUAGAGACGGAACAAUUGAGGGUACUGCGGACUACAAGGAAUGGUUGGAGAACAUUGCCAAGCAAAAGGAGGAACUGAAAGCCCGCCCUAAACCAGCUCCUGGUGGUGGAGUCGCUGCUGCCAACACUACUACAGCUACCGGUGACGAAGUUGAAGAAGAUGGGCAAAUAUUAUCUUCGUUAGUGCAGCACCUCCGUGCGAAAAAGGAAGAAGCGAAACGGAAAAAGAACCAGAAAAAGAAGGAGGAAAAUAGCAAGGGUGGGAAAACGAAAGGCGAAGGAGGCCAGCCUGAGAACGGAAAGAAGAAGAAAAAGAAGCAAAGAAACUUAAAAUCACAUCCCCAGGAAGGCAAAAAGCCCGCUCUCACAACCAAGGCAGCUCGCAAAAAAGAGAAGCGCAAGAAACAAGUAAGAGCAAAGAAGAAACGCCUAGUCGAAGCCGCCAAAGUCGCGGCUGCCCCAAUGUCUGUGUUAAAGUCGACAACCUAGUGCAACAUUAAAGCCCGAUGAACUUGUGCUGACCCAUUCGGUAUUGAAAACAGAGAAUACAACAAAAAUGGCCGAGGCAAUCCUUGAGACGAGAGGGAACGGUCUUGACUACGUUGUACCAAUUCUGUUAAACUAGAAGCCGGACAUGAUCUUCCAUGAGUGACACGAGAUAAAGUAAUUAUUCCGAUGCAAGUCCCAAUCAAUCAUGACCCUUAACGAAUCAAGAACGAUUCGAAAAGGAGAGGGUGUUUUAUCCACCGACUAAUUCUUGACGCAAAGCAAAGACGAAGGAUACAAAAAUGAUUGUUCAAGAGCAUGCCCUGAACCCAAUCGUUUCCACUUAUUUGUUUUCCAUUUUUUUUAUCGAAAAAGGAGGGAGAGCAAAACCAUGAUAUUGUUAGCAUUUUAACUAACGUUACAACUGACAGGUUUCGAAUGGAGAUAAAUAAUUACUGUGAACCAAGAUCAAGAUUGAUGACUUCAACACGAGUCCAACCUUAUGUAGUUCAUCUUGCGCUAAAGAAGGUGCUUGUCAUUAGUAGGCUACACGUAAAAAAUAUUUUAUGACCAA